UAGUGCCCCAGAAUUAUCUAGCAGCGCCCCUGCUGCUAGCUAAACCCCUGACAGAGUCACGCGCAUGUGACAGCCUGUCACAUGACCGACUGUGACGGUGUUGUAGUCAGUUAGCAUAGAGCAGAAUAUCAGCUCGUGGAACCGGUUUGCUGAGGUUCGAUCCCGGUUCCAGGUGACUCGCUAAGGCUUGGAAAAGAGUACGGGAUGGAUAUCCGAGGGGCCGUGGACGCUGCCGUCCCCACCAACAUCAUCGCUGCUAAAGCAGCGGAGGUUCGGGCCAACAUGGUCAACUGGCAGUCCUACCUGCAAAGUCAGAUGAUUUCUGCGGAGGAUUGUGAGUUCAUCAAGAAGUUUGAGAUGGCCAGCUCUGAGGACAAACAAGUCAUUUUAGCCAAAGAGGGACAUCAGUGUGCAAAGACGUUUCUGAACCUGAUGGCCCACAUCUCCAAAGAGCAGACGGUCCAGUACAUCCUGACUCUGAUCGACGACACUCUGCAGGAGAACCAUCAGAGGGUGAACAUCUUCUUUGACUACGCUAAGAAGACGAAAAACACGGCGUGGUCCUACUUUCUUCCCAUGCUGAACCGUCAGGAUCUCUUCACCGUUCACAUGGCUGCGAGGAUCAUCGCUAAGUUGGCCGCCUGGGGCCGUGAUUUGAUGGAGGGAAGUGAUCUGAAUUACUACUUCAACUGGAUCAAGAGUCAGCUGAGUUCACAGAAUCUACAUGGUUCAGGUCACGAAACAGGAGCAGGAACUAUUUCCCCCAGUGAAAGCUCCCAGUAUGUGCAGUGUGUGGCCGGAUGCCUCCAGCUGAUGCUGAGGGUGAAUGAAUACAGGUUUGCCUGGGUGGAAGCUGACGGAGUCAACUGCAUCACAGCAGUUCUGAGCAACAAGUGUGGCUUCCAGCUCCAGUACCAGAUGAUCUUCUGCGUCUGGCUGCUGGCCUUCAGCCCGCAGCUCUGCGAGCAGUUGAGACGCUACAACGUGGUCCCGGCGCUGUCCGACAUCCUGCAGGAGUCCGUCAAGGAGAAGGUCACUCGCAUCAUCCUGGCCGCCUUCAGGAAUCUUCUAGAGAAGUCUGCAGAGAGGGAGACCCGGCAGGAGUACGCUCUGGCCAUGAUUCAGUGUAAAGUCCUGAAGCAGCUGGAGAACCUGGAGCAGCAGAAGUACGACGACGAGGACAUCACGGAGGACAUCAAGUUCCUGCUGGAGAGGCUGGGAGAGAGCGUGCAGGAUCUCAGCUCCUUUGACGAGUACAGCUCGGAGCUGAAGUCGGGUCGGCUGGAGUGGAGUCCUGUCCACAAGUCGGAGAAGUUCUGGAGAGAGAACGCUGUGCGGCUGAAUGAGAAGAAUUAUGAACUCCUCAAGAUCUUGACGAGACUGCUGGAAGUUUCAGACGAUCCUCAGGUUAUAGCGGUGGCGGCUCACGACGUCGGAGAAUACGUGCGACACUAUCCUCGCGGUAAACGGGUGAUUGAACAACUGGGUGGAAAACAGCUGGUGAUGAAUCACAUGCACCACGAGGACCAGCUCGUGCGCUACAACGCCCUGCUGGCCGUGCAGAAGCUGAUGGUCCACAACUGGGAGUACCUGGGCCGACAGCUGCAGUCCAGCGACCAGCAGCAGGCUCCAGCUGUGGCGGCUCGGAGCUGAGCUCCUCCGCGCAUCCGUGUUCCAGCAUUAGCGAGCGGACGAGCGCGGCUCCACGUCUCCUCUAAUGAAUCCAAGCAAAGAGAACGCCAUGGUUUCCCCGUCCAGCUGCUCCCCCCUCAUGAUGCUCCGCGUUUGAAGCCGUUUGUGUCGUACCUCCAGCUUAUGAUGUGUGGUGAUUCCAUGUCUGUGAUCGUGUACAAAACUCAGUUAUUUAUGUGUUGUGAAGCUGUGAGCAAUUCCAAUAAAGAUGUUUACAUGUGA